UAUUUAUUGAGAAUGAUAUUUCUGCCUCUUUCAAGGGAUUUUUCAACACAGUUGAUAGUUUCCUUCAUUUGCUAUGGGCCCACUUCCCUACACCAUCGUGUGUCUAGUUGCUUCUAUACUCAAGGGAACAAACAGCGCUCCGACUCUUCCCAAAGAAAUAUCCACAGUAACUCUGAACAAUGCAUCAUACAUCCCGGGUAUUUUGACAUCAGGAUUGCUCGUCAUACCAUUCACACCAGCAAAGCAAGUUUACAUUGAUUCAAAUGUGGUUUUGAACACAAGUAUACUCACUGGUUCACCUGUCAGUUCUUAUGUAACUAAACCAUGCAAUACGACCAACAUUCAAACAAACCCUGCAGAAAGUGUAACAAUCUCAUCCCAACCAGAAAAUGUCAAUCCAACCGAGGUAUUGCCAGAAGUCACGUCAACAAUACCAGAUGAGCUUAAGACUCAAGAUAACAUAAUCAACACUCAAAAUAUAGAGGAACCAUUAGCAGAAGCGGAAGAAGAUGAAAAGGAUUCUAUAGCUGAACAAGAGAAUAACUCGACAACCCCUACGGAAUCUGACACUUUAAGUGAUGAGAAUAUACCAGCUGUUACUGAAAAUGUAUCUUCUACCCAAACAGCAGAGGAUGAACCAUCAAAUGAGUCCACAAUACCUCAAUCUGAUACUCAAACUGAUGAACCAGAAACCACCAAGGACACUCAAGAAUCAGGAGUCUCAAGUGACUCGAUUACACCCUCAGAGUUUGUCAGUUAUCCUGAAGAAAACCAAACCAAACUACCAGAAACCGAACUAAAUGAACAAACUAGUGAUGACACAUUAACUGGGACAAUGGUUAGCCCUACUGAAGUCAGCAGCACUAACGAAGAUGACAUAACAGAAGAUAUUUCCCAGGAACAAACAAAACUUCCAGAAUCUGAUAAUCUAAUAGAAGAGUCUUUGUAUAAAUCUUCAAACCCUGAGGAUGUAUUCACAACCUCUGAGAGCGCUUCUAAUGAAACAACAGUAACUGAUGAUGCAUCAGAAGAACCAACAACUGAGAAAACUGCAAACACAACCUCUGAGAGCUCAACUGAUGAGAGCACACCAUCUGAUGAAACAACAGUAACUGAUGAUGCAUCUGAAGAACCUACAAAUGUCAACAAUGAAACUACAACCUCUGACAGCUCUAAUAAUAAGAACACUCCUACAGAUGACACAAAGGAAACUGAUGAUGAAAUUGAAGAACCAAAACCUGAAAACACUGAUACAACAUCCUCUGAGAGCUCUAAUGAGGAGAGCACACAUACAGAUGACACAAAGGAAACUGAAGAUGAAAUUGAAGAACCAAAACCUGAAAACACUGAUACAACCUCUGAGAGCUCUAAUGAGGAGAGCACACCUACAGAUGACACAAAGGAAACUGAAGAUGAAAUUGAAGAACCAAAACCUGAAAACACUGAUACAACCUCUGAGAGCUCUAAUGAUGAGAGCACACCUACAGAUGACACGAAGGAAACUGUAGAUGAAAUUGAAGAACCAAAAACUGAGAACAACGAAACGUCAACCUCUGAGAGCUCAACUGAUGAGAGCACACCAUCUGAUGAAACAACAGUAACUGAUGAUACAUCUGAAGAACCUACAAAUGUCAACACUACAACUACAACCUCUGAAAGCUCUAAUAAUAAUAACAUACCUACAGAUGACACAAAGGAAACUGAUGAUGAAAUUGAAGAACCAAAACCUGAAAACACUGAUACAACCUCUGAGAGCUCUAAUGAUGAGAGCACACCUACAGAUGAUACAGUAGAUGAAAUGGAAGAAACAAAAACUGAGAACAACGAAACGUCAACCUCUGAGAGCUCAAUUGAUGAGACCACACCAUCUGAUGAAACAACAGUAAUUGAUGAAGCAUCAGAAGAACCAACAACUGAGAAAACUGAAAGCACAACCUUUGAGAGCUCAACUGAUGAGAGCACACCAUCUGAUGAAACAACAGUAACUGAUGAUGUAUCUAAAGAACCUACAAAUGUCAACACUGAAAUUACAACCUCUGACAGCUCUAAUAAUAAGAACACACCUACAGAUGACACGAAGGAAUCUUAUGAUGAAAUUGAAGAAUCAAAACCUGAAAACACUGAUACAACCUCUGAGAGCUCUAAUGAUGAGACACCUACAGAUGACACGAAGGAAACUGUAGAUGAAAUUGAAGAACAAAAAACUGAGAACAACGAAACGUCAACCUCUGAGAGCUCAAUUGAUGAGACCACACCAUCUGAUGAAACAACAGUAACUGAUGAAGCAUCAGAAGAACCAACAACUGAGAAGACUGAAAACACAACCUUUGAAAGCUCAAAUGAUGAGAGCACACAAUCUGAUGAAACAACAGUAACUGAUGAUGCAUCUGAAGAACCUACAAGUGUCAGCACCCAAACUACAAACUCUGACAGCUCUAAUAACAAGAACACACCUACAGAUGACACAAAGGAAACUGAAGAUGAAAUUGAAGAACCAAAACCUGAAAACACUGAUACAACAACCUCUGAGAGCUUUAAUGAUGAGAGCAUACCUACAGAUGACACAAAGGAAACUGUAGAUGAAAUUGAAGAACCAAAACCUGAGAACACUGAUACAACAACCUCUGAGAGCUCUAAUGAUGAGAGCACACCUACAGAUGACACAAAGGAAACUGUAGAUGUAAUUGAAGAACCAAAAACUGAGAAGAACAAAGCCUCAACCUCUGAGAGCUCAACUAAUGAGAGCACACCAUCUGAUGAAACAAAAGUAACCAAUGAUGCUUCUGAAGAACAUACAAAUAACAACACCGAAACUACAACCUCUGAGAGCUCAAAUUAUGAGAGUUCAACUUCUGAUGAAACAGCAGUAAUUGAUAAAGCAUCAGAAGUACCAACAACUGAGAACACUGAAAAAACCUCUGAGAGCUCAACUGAUGAUGAAAUUGAAGAACCUACAACCGAGAACACUGAAAUGACAAAUUCUGAGAGCCCAACUGCUGAAAGCAUUCCUACAGAUGACACAAAGGAAACUGAUGAUCAAAUUGAAGUACCAAAACCUGAUAAAACAACCUCUGACAGCUCUAAUGAUGAGACCACACCUUCUGAUGAAACAACAGUAAUUGAUAAUGCAUCUGAAGAACCUACAAACGACAACAUCGAAACCACAACAUCUGAGAGCUCAACCGAUGAGAAUACACCAUCGGAAGAAACUCAGCUAACUGAAAAUUUUUCAGAAGAGCCAACAACUGACAACACUGAAGCCACAACCUCUGAGGGCUCACCCGAUGAUAAUACACCAUUCGAUGAAACUCAGCUAACUGAAAAUGUUUCUGAAGAACCAACAACAGAAAACAAUGAAGCCACAACCUCUGAGAGCUCAACCGAUGAGAAUACACCAUUUGAUGAAACUCAGCUAACUGAGAAUAUUACUGAAGAACCAACAACAGAAAACACUGAAUCUGAGGGCUCAGCCGGUGAGAAUACACCAUUUGAUGAAACUCAGCUAACUGAGAAUGUUUCUGAAGAACCAACAACAGAAAACACUGAAGCCACAACCUCUGAAGGCUCAACCGAUGAGACCACACCAUUUGAUGAAACUCAGCUAACUGAGAAUGUUUCAGAAGAACCCACAACAGAAAACACUGAAGCCACAAUCUCUGAAGGUUCAACCGAUGAGACCACAUCAUCUGAUGAAACUCAGCUAACUGAGAAUUUUUCAGAAGAACCAACAACAGAAAACACUGAAGCCACAAUCUCUGAAGGUUCAACCGAUGAGACCACACCAUCUGAUGAAACUCAGCUAACUGAGAAUUUUUCUGAAGAACCAACAACAGAAAACACUGAAGCCACGAUCUCUGAAGGUUCAACCGAUGAGACCACACCAUCUGAUGAAACUCAGCUAACUGAGAAUGUUUCUGAAGAACCAACAACAGAAAACACUGAGGCCACAACCUCUGAAGGCUCAACCGAUGAGACCACACCAUUUGAUGAAACUCAGCUUACUGAGAAUUUUUCAGAAGAACCCAAAACAGAAAACACUGAAGCCACAAUUUCUGAAGGUUCCACCGAUGAGACCACACCAUCUGAUGAAACUCAGCUAACUGAGAAUUUUUCAGAAGAACCAACAACAGAAAACACUGAAGCCACAACCUCUGAAGGCUCAACCGAUGAGACCACACCAUCUGAUGAAACUCAGCUAACUGAGAAUUUUUCUGAAGAACCAACAACAGAAAACACUGAAGCCACGAUCUCUGAAGGUUCAACCGAUGAGACCACACCAUCUGAUGAAACUCAGCUAACUGAGAAUUUCUCAGAAGAACCAACACCAUCUGAAGUAACUCAGCUAUCUGAGAUUGUUUCAGAAGAACCAACAACUGAAAACACUGAAGCCACAACACCUGUGAGCUCAACCGAUGAGACCACACCAUCUGAUGAAACUCAGCUAACUGAGAAUUUUUCAGAAGAACCAACAACAGAAAACACUGAAGCCACAAUCUCUGAAGGUUCAACCGAUGAGACCACACCAUCUGAUGAAACUCAGCUAACUGAGAAUUUUUCAGAAGAACCAACACCAUCUGAAGUAACUCAGCUAUCUGAGAUUGUUUCAGAAGAACCAACAACUGAAAACACUGAAGCCACAACAACUGUGAGCUCAACCGAUGAGAAUACACCAUUUGAUGAAACUCAGCUAACUGAGAAUUUUUCAGAAGAACCAACAACAGAAAACACUGAAGCCACAAUCUCUGAAGGUUCAACCGAUGAAACCACACCAUCUGAUGAAACUCACCUAACUGAGAUUUUUUCAGAAGAACCAACAACAGAAAACACUGAAGCCACGAUCUCUGAAGGUUCGACCGAUGAGACCACACCAUCUGAUGAAACUCAGCUAACUGAGAAUUUUUCAGAAGAACCAACACCAUCUGAAGUAACUCAGCUAUCUGAGAUUGUUUCAGAAGAACCAAAAACUGAAAACACUGAAGCUACAACACCUGAGAGCUCAACCGAUGAGAAUACACCAUUUGAUGAAACUCAGCUAACUGAGAAUUUUUCAGAAGAACCAACACCAUCUGAAGUAACUCAGCUAUCUGAGAUUGUUUCAGAAGAACCAACAACUGAAAACACUGAAGCCACAACACCUGAGAGCUCAACCGAUGAGAAUACACCAUUUGAUGAAACUCAGCUAACUGAGAAUUUUUCAGAAGAACCAACAACAGAAAACACUGAAGCCACAAUCUCUGAAGGUUCAAACGAUGAAACCACACCAUCUGAUGAAACUCACCUAACUGAGAUUUUUUCAGAAGAACCAACAACAGAAAACACUGAAGCCACGAUCUCUGAAGGUUCAACCGAUGAGACCACACCAUCUGAUGAAACUCAGCUAACUGAGAAUUUUUCAGAAGAACCAACACCAUCUGAAGUAACUCAGCUAUCUGAGAUUGUUUCAGAAGAACCAACAACUCAAAACACUGAAGCCACAACACCUGAGGGCUCAACCGAUGCGAAUACACCAUUUAAAGAAACUCAUCUAACUGAGAAUGUUCCAGAAGAACCAACAACAGAAAACACUGAAUCCUCUGAGGUUUCGACUGAUGAGAAUACACCAUCCGAUGAAACUCAGGAAAUUGAGAAUGUAUCUGUAGAACCAUCUGUAGAACCAAUUACAGGAAACACUGAAGCCAUAACCUCAGAGAGCUUUCCUUUUGAGAAUACACCAUCUGAAGAAACUCAGGAAAUUGAGAAUGUAUCUGUAGAACCAUCUGUAGAACCAAUAACAGAAAACAAUGAAACCACAACCUCUGAGAAUACACCUUCUGAUGAAACACAGCUAACAGAGAAUGAUUAUGAAGAACCAACAACCGAAAACACUGAAGCCACAACCUCUGAGAAUACACUAUCUGAUGAAACUCCACUAACUGAGAAUGUUUCUGAAGAACCAACAACCGAAAACAAUGUAGCCACGACCUCUGAGAAUACACCAUCUAAUGAAACUCAGCUAACUGAGAAUGUUUCUGAAGAACCAACAACAGGAAACAUUGAAGCUACAACCUCAGAGAGCUCACCUGUUGAGAAUAAACCUUAUGAUGAAACACCUCAAUCACAAAUAACAGACAACACAUCUGAGGUACCUUUAAGUGCCUCAGCUACAGCUACUGGACAAACCGACAGUUUUGAUCAAUUAUCCGAAGAUCAAAUCAGUUAUCAACAACCUACCAUGCCGGAGAGUUCCAAUAAUGUAGUCGUUCCAGAAGAAUAUUUAAGUAAUUCUGUUGAGCCAGGAUCACAACAAGAUAAUGGUGCAACAAUGACACCAACUAUUGAAGAUUCAAACAGUGCUAUUGUAGAAGAACCUAUGAGCAAUGGGGCAACUGAAAAGCCUCAAGAUCAAGAUACUAACAACAGUGAUGCUUUAUCAGGACAUCAAAACGCCUCAGGUGCAAACUUUCAAAUACCAACAGAGGCUGAAAACAAAAUUGGUGCAAACAGUGAUGCCAAUCCAAUAGCAGAAGAAAACUGUGACUACCCAACUACUACAACUCCAAGUGGUGGAUUUAACAACGGCUUCACAAACAUCCCAGCAGGGUACGGUGGAAACACACAACCUGCUAUGCAAUACAACUACCCAUACAAUAACUACAACAACGGGUAUCAGUCACAAUUUGCCAAUGGGAAUAGUCAGUAUGGAUCACCAAUGCCAUACUCUAGUAAUCCAGGCACAGGAUACAACUCCAACCCCUAUUCAGGUUCUUACGGACAAAACUAUGCACCAUCCUAUUACUCCCAGCCAAGUGGCAACAUGAUGCCAUACCCAUACUACCAGAACCACCCGGGGAUGAAUCAAUAUGGCUACCAACAAGCGUAUGCCAAUCCGUAUACAACCGCUCCAAUGGUUCCCGCAAAGGUGUAUCAUCAUCCAAUGGUGGUUACUGUUCCCCAUAUUCUCCCUGUUGUAGUGAAACCUGUUAAGCAUCCUUUUAGCAAGUCAUCUUCAAAACGCAAGAAUAAAGCCCAAGAGGUGGGAGAGAAAAAUUGAAAAGAAAACGUAGACUACGAAACAAGCCAAAAAUGUUUGAUGAAAGAAAAUCUAUAUUUUCUUAAUUAUUUGUUCAAAUAAAAUACUUUUAAAAUA